GCUGGUAUUCAGUUUGAAGGUAUCAUAUCUUAUUAGGACAUUAGAAUUUUAAAUAAAGGAAUUAACCACCCAAAUAAAACAAAGCAAUAAAGACAAAGGAAUAUAAAUCCUGGGCAAAAGACAGGGUGCAAUUGAAGGCGUCUGCUAGCAUUUAAGGCCUUUAGCUACGUUUUACUUGAACUUUCUCACUCUGUUUCUUUAUAUUUUCCCCUUUCAAGAAGGCUCACAUACUGAUGGAAUGAUGUUGAAGCAACAAGCAUGUUGAAAUGGUUCAUAGUUUUAGAAUCUAACGGCUGUAUACGUAAACUAAAUGAAGAGCUCUUAUAUUUCGUUUUAGAAUUAAAACGAAGCAUAACAUCUCGUGAGGCCGAGAGCUGGUGCUUCAGCUCCCUCCAAAAACCCAGCAGAGCCCUCUCUUCCUGGCACAACAAAGGAUCCCCGUGAUGAAGAGCUCUUGUACUUCACGAGUUUCAUAUUCUCACCCAGAGCUCAAACAUGUCUCCCAAACCAGGUUUGAACUCUCUUCUGCUCCUUCAAAUACCCCCCGCCUCCUCUGCAAGUUCCUUCAUCGAAUUCCAAGUAGCAUCGUCUCAACUUCUCCAUGGAAGCUAAAAUGCAGCUUUUGUGGUCAACCCUUUUUCUCUACUGGGUUUCUAUCCGUGCAAACACUCUUCAGACUUACAUAGUUCAGUUGCAUCCGCAAGGUGUAACCGGCUCACUGUUUCCUACUAAGCUUCAGUGGCAUCUCUCAUUUCUUGAACAAACUCUUUCCUCCGAGGAAGACCCUUCUUCUCGUCUUCUCUACUCUUAUGGUUCUGCCAUGGAUGGUUUUGCAGCUCAGCUAAGUGAAACUGAGCUAGAGUUGUUGCGAAGUUUGCCUGAUGUUGUUGCAAUUAGACCUGACCGGCUGCUCCAGAUUCACACUACUUAUUCGUACAAGUUCUUGGGGCUUAGUACGACUAGAGAUGGUGCUUGGUUUAAGUCUGGGCUUGGUCGUGGAACAAUUAUUGGAGUGCUUGACACCGGAGUUUGGCCAGAGAGUCCUAGUUUCAAUGAUCAAGGAAUGCCGCCUGUUCCCAAGAAAUGGAGAGGGAUUUGCCAAGAAGGGCAAAGUUUCAAUGCCUUGAAUUGUAACCGUAAACUAAUCGGUGCUAGGUUCUUUAUAAAAGGUCAUCAUGUGUCCUCCGUGUCGCGUUCAGCAAACAUGAUUCAGGAGUAUAUAUCACCCAGGGACUCCUCUGGACAUGGAACUCAUACAUCAUCCACAGCUGGAGGAGUUUCUGUUCCAAUGGCAAGCGUGCUUGGUAAUGGUGCUGGUGAGGCCCGUGGAAUGGCCCCUGGAGCCCACAUUGCUGUCUACAAAGUUUGCUGGUUUAAUGGCUGUUAUAGCUCUGAUAUCCUAGCUGCGAUGGAUGUUGCAAUUGCGGAUGGAGUUGAUGUGCUUUCACUCUCACUAGGUGGCUUCCCAUUGCCACUUUUUGAUGAUAGCAUAGCCAUUGGCAGUUUUCGAGCAGUAGAACAUGGAAUAUCAGUAGUCUGUGCUGCUGGAAACAAUGGCCCAAUGCAAAGCUCAGUAGCCAAUAUAGCUCCCUGGAUUGCUACCAUUGGUGCUAGCACACUCGACCGAAAGUUUCCAGCCAUAGUUCGGAUGGGCAAUGGAGAAUUCAUUUAUGGAGAAUCUGUAUACCCAGGGAACAGGUUACGGAGUGCCGACAAGGAACUUGAAGUUGUCUACCUCACCGGUGGGGACAGCGGAAGUGAAUUUUGUUUCAGGGGGUCACUCCCAAGGGCCAAAGUAGGGGGCAAAAUGGUUGUUUGUGACAGAGGUGUAAAUGGAAGGGCAGAAAAAGGUAUAGCGGUCAAAGAAGCCGGUGGUGCUGCCAUGAUAUUAGCAAAUACAGAGAUAAACCUCGAGGAAGACUCGGUCGAUGCCCAUGUCUUGCCAGCAACCGAGAUUGGUUAUGCAGAGGCAAUACGUCUAAAGGCUUACAUAAACACUACCAGUCGUCCUAGAGCUCGAAUCAUUUUUGGUGGAACUGUCAUUGGAAGGUCAAGAGCACCAACCGUAGCACAGUUUUCAGCCAGAGGGCCCAAUUUAUAUGAUUCUUCAAUCCUCAAACCAGAUGUGAUUGCUCCAGGCGUUAACAUCAUUGCUGCCUGGCCUCAGAAUUUAGGUCCCACUGGUCUUCCAGAAGAUGCUAGAAGAGUUAAUUUCACAGUCAUGUCCGGGACUUCCAUGGCAUGUCCUCAUGUCAGUGGAAUUGCAGCUCUGAUUCACUCAGCACACCCAACAUGGACCCCAGCAGCUAUCAAGUCUGCAUUAAUGACAUCUGCCGAUGCAAAUGACCAUAGGGGAGAACCAAUAACGGAUGGAAACAAACCGGCUGAUGUUUUUGCUAUUGGAGCUGGACAUGUGAACCCUGAUAGGGCCAUCGAUCCAGGAUUGAUAUAUGAUAUCAGACCAAAUGAAUAUGUCAUUCAUCUUUGCACACUUGGAUACACAAGAUCAGAAAUUUUUACAAUCACACACAAGAACGUGAGUUGCAGUGAGAUUUUACGUAUGAACAGGGGUUUCAGCCUCAAUUACCCAUCCAUUACUGUAGCUUUCAAGCAGGGAAUGAAGAAGAAGAUGAUCACAAGGCGACUUACAAAUGUGGGAAGUCCUAAUUCCAUCUACUCAGUGGAAGUGAAGGCUCCUGUGGGAGUCAAGGUGAGAGUCAAACCUCAAAGGUUAAUAUUCAAGCAUAUCAAUCAAAGUUUGAGUUACAGAAUAUGGGUAAAAUCAAGGAAGAAAACAGAAACAAAGAAGAUAAGCUUUGCAGAAGGGCAGUUGACAUGGGUGAAUGCUCACAAUAACUUCUAUAGGGUUCGAAGUCCCAUUUCAGUCACUUGGAAGUAGCAGCAGCUCAGCAGCUAG